AGAGAGUGUAUUUCUUCUUAUUCUGACUUUACAUCAGUUGAGUCGCUCAGUCCUCUCUGAGAAUUAUCACCUGUGUUUCCUGAGGCUCCGCCCACUAGCUCAACAAACCUGAAUGUUUACAGACCCUCUCCUUGAAUCUCCUGGAGAAGAUGCUGCGGUGUGUGUUCGUCUGCUUGCUGCUCGGCUUCAUUUCUUCAGCUCCGCUGAAUUCGGACGGUGACUCUUGGUCGGCCUCUUCCUCUGAUGAAGAUCCACAGCUGCCUGCUGUGUUCCCUGUAGUGGGAGGAGCCUCCCAACAAGCCCCGCUCAGCAUGAUCAUGAAGGUUAUGGACACAAAAUCAAACAUCACACUGAGCUUCGCCAUCUUCAUCCUCCCUGAGGUACGGGAGGAGGGGAGUGGGACUGAUGGAGGAAGAUCAGACGACAGCAGUGAAGAAAGUACAUCAGAGAGCAUCCAGCCAAUCACAUCGCUUUUUAAUUCAUCAGAGGAAAUGAUGAGUGAUCAACCGAUGUUUACUUCUGAUGAAGGUGUUGAUGAUUUCACCAACACUCUCAACGGGAACGACUGGAACCAAAUACGUACCAUUUCUGAUGACUUUGAUGAUUUAAGUAACACCUCCAUUGAGUCCAAGGUGAAUCAGAAGUUUAGAGUUUUGGAUGAAUCUGAUGAAUUUAACAACGGCACAGAGAGCACAGAGAGCACAGAGAUACACCGUGAGCCAGCAGAACCCAUUGAACCCUCUGAGGACACCGAAAUGAAACAAACCCUUCAGGGAGUCACUUUAAAUCCUGCAAAUGAGAGUGCUUCCAGCAGCCAGCAGAAGUUUGGCACUGACAUGGUGGACAAACUGGUUCUGGACCCGGUUUCCCAGGAGGUGACGAGUUCUAGUUCAGAGAUAACUAACUCAUUGGACCAGGACAGGGUCAGUUCUGGCAGAGGUAGCAAGGACUUCAGGUUUGGUUCUAGUCUUCAGAAGGUGUUUCGCUCCAUGAAGGAGGUCGUGGGUCGUCUUUCAGGUUACCAGGGAGUGAUGGGAAGAUACCACAGUGUUGUAGGUUCAACUUUAAAUCCUGUUCCUGUCAGUCAGGAGGGUUUAAGUCUGAGUAAUGAGGAGAGUUUAGAAACUGGUAACUUCAGCAGAGAAGGAUCAGAUUCGGAAAGUCCGACCAGUUUUAGUUCAGAGAGUCUCAGGGUCAUUACAUACAGUAUCCAGAACAGUGCUAGCUUAAACCCAGCCAGUCAGGAUCAGGAUGUACCCUCUAUGAUCUUGAGUGGACCAAAUGACACCAUAUCCCAGGUUCCCAGGGACAGUGCCAAGUCCCUCACUCAUAAGGAUGUUAGUUUAGAGAGUCAGCAAUCUGAUGGUACAAAGAAGGUUCUUGGUGCAACUCGAAUUUCCCUAAAUGGUAGUCAGGUGGGUUAUAGUCAGAGUUCUAGUGAGAGUGUUGAGAGUUUAGAAACUGUUGGCUUCAGUGGAGUCCGACCAGAUUCAGAAAAUCAGACCAGUGUUAGUUCAGACAGUGAGGAGAGUCCUGAGGCCACCUAUGGUAUCCAUACCAGCACAGGUUCAGGAUAUUCCACACAGCGAGUCACAGGUUCCACAUCAACUUCUAUCUCUGACUCGAUUGUUUCUGUUCCAGACAGCAAAAAGGCUCAGGACACUCCUGUUAUGUCUGUCCAAGCAGAUGAGGGUGCUAGCUUAAGCCCAGCCAGUCAGGAUCAGGAUAUUGCACCUACGAUCUUGAACAUACCAAAAGACACCAUAUCCCAGGUUCAUAUUAAGGGCAGUACCAGGUUCUCCUCUCAGAUGAAUGUUGGUUUAAUCUCAGACAGCUCUGAGGAGAGUCAUAAAAUGGAUGAUGCAGGAAAGGUUCUUGGUUCAACCUCAUCUGGACCAGGUCUCUACAGUGCUGGUAGUCCAGAGGUCAGCUCAAGAAGUGAGGAAGUGCUGUUGGCUUUGCCCUCCUCUUCCUCUCCUCCUGCUGUUCCCUCUCCUCAAACAUCAACAGAAACCCGAAAAACCCGAGAACCUGAAAAACCCGAGACCCGAUCCAGAGUGUGCUCCAGCCUGUAGCCGGCCCUCCUGACCAGCCGUCAGUAUGAUGCGUAAAGACGUGAACAAGCCGAAGGGGAAGACGUCGGCGUACGCGUUCUUCGUGCAGACGUGUCGAGAGGAACACAGGAAGAAGAACCCGGAACAGUCGGUCAACUUCGCAGAGUUCUCCAAGAAGUG